AUGUACCAAACCCAGAUGUUGGAUCACAUUAAGAAGGAACACAUAGAAAUAGCCCCACCUGAAGAGGACUCCUGCCAAAUGUUCUAUCUGCCCCAUCAUGCCAGUAAUCUUGGACCAGGAAGGGAAUACAUCACAACCAGCGAUCUGAUCACGUAUCGCUUCACCCGACUUCCAUUCGGACUUACCUGUAGCCCCUUCCUCCUCUCUGCCACGCUGCGAGAACUUGCCACAAUGUACAAGCAUAUAUUUCCUCAAGCUACGUCCCUUGUUGAUAAGAAUAUGUACAUGGAUGAUUUCGCUGCCGGUGCUGAGGACGACGACGGAGUGAUCAACCUGUACAAUGAAGUGACUUCGCUCAUGGGACGAAUUCGUCUACCAAUGGCAAAGUGGGCUACGAACUCGCAGCCUUUGAUGGAACUAUGGAAGACAGAGGGCCUAGUAAUCAAUAUGGAAACGCAGGUAUUAGGGACACAUUGGAAUACAAGAACCGACACGUUCACCGUGGAUCGUAAAAACGUCACGAACAAUUUGAGGGAUGGUCCUGUAACCAAGCGACAGCUACUGCAAACCGCUGCAAGAUUUUACGAUUCACUGGGAUUGCUGUCACCCGUAUCUCUCAUAGCAAAAGCACUUUUCCAAGACACCUGGACUAGGGGUAUAGGAUGGGAUGAGCUUUUGCCACCCGAUCUUGGCACACGAUGGCAUAGGUGGGUAUCAACCCUGCCCUCACCAUCUGAUAUACUCAUUCCCCGAUGGGUUGGUACUUCAGAUAAAGACAGUUAUGAAAUCCAUGUAUUCUGUGAUGCAUCGGAAGGAGCAUAUGGAGCGGUUCUCUAUGUUCGCACCUCCACCUGCAAUCAUUAUUCUGUCCGCUUACUUUGUAGUAAAAACAGGCUUGCGCCAGUUAAAAGGGUCACACUACCUCGAUUAGAGCUUCUGGGAGCGUUACUUGGGUCACGACUGCUACGCUACCUUUGUGAAGCUACGAAUUUCGAUGUCAGAAACGCAUUGCUAUGGACCGAUUCAACUGUAACCCUAGGCUGGAUACGCCACGACCCCAAUAGAUGGAAGCCUUUCGUGUCCAACCGUGUCACCGAGAUUCAUAAUCACACGAAUACAUCACAAUGGAGACACUGCCCUGGAAAGGAGAAUCCAGCGGAUCUUCUUUCGAGAGGUGUAACAGCAGACAAACUCAAGAAUUCUGAUAUCUGGUGGCACGGACCUUCUUGGCUGUCAAAGCCUGUGCAUCACUGGCCACUUGAUGCACCUACAACGGACACUCCUUUGCCGGAACUUCGGAGCUAUCAAACGCACGCCUCUACUGGUUGCAAAUUGUUCAAAGAGAACAUUUCACCAUGGAACUAG